AUGUCCUCAUCACCAAACGAGUCAAAGGCUCUGUGUGACUACAUCGGGAUAGAGGGGGAGGUGGACUAUGGUAGCGAUACCAGUGUCCGCGGUGAUACAGGGACAAUGUCCGGCUCACUGAUGCCUAAGGCACGACUUUCGAAGACCCCAAAUCCGUUCUCUGAACGUGGAGGUGCGAGCGCGCCACCAGCGCAGCAUGCAGCAUCUGGGUCUGAUGAGACUAGCAUCACGGACCCGCUCGAUGAGCAACAACAUUUGCUUGUUCAGCAAGAAGAAAACGCUCAGCGUUGUGUACAAAUGGCUGCAACCCUUGAACGCCAGCGUGACUAUGUGUUCACCCCGCUUAGUGUGAAGGAACGUCUACGUUAA